AUGUCGCACCUUUUCAUCUUCAACCUUUUCGUCUUCAAUCUCAUCUGUAAUCGACAUCGCCAUCACCGCUUUAGCAUCCACCAUUGGUCGACCUUGCUGUCACUGCUCCACGAAAUGUAUGCCUUGCACUUUUUGGUUUUGUAUAUUCUAGUUGUUGAUGGAAGAGGAAAGGUGGUGGUUAUAAGCAUUGAUCCUUGUAGACAAUAUUUGAUACGUGAAGAUGAGGUUGGAUUCAAGGCUAUUAAACUAGAAAACCUGGACCCAAAUGAGGAAGAGUAUGCCUGGUAUCACUGCAUCAAUGCACUGUAAGUGUUGUAAAUAACAACAUAUUUUUAAGUUUGA